AUGUCCGCCAGCAGAGACUGCACCUACAAGCGACGUGUCACCCACACGUUAUUGCCCCCUCCCUCUACCCCUUUCCACUCCUACCCACUCCCCCCUCUCCACUCCUACCCCCUCCCCUCUCCACUCCUACCCCCUCCCCUCUCCACUCCUACCCCCUCCCCUCUCCACUCCUACCCCCUCCCCUCUCCACUCCUACCCCCUCCACUCUCCACUCCUACCCCCUCCCCUCUCCACUCCUACCCCUUCCCCUCUCCACUCCUACCCCCUCCCCUCUCCACUCCUACCUCCUCCCCUCUCCACUCCUACCCCCUCCCCUCUCCACUCCUACCCCCUCCCCUCUCCACUCCUACCCCCUCCACUCUCCACUCCUACCCCCCUCUCCACUCCUACCCCCUCCCCUCUCCACUCCUACCCCCUCCCCUCUCCACUCCUACCUCCUCCCCUCUCCACUACUCCCCCCUCGCCUCUCCACUACUCCCUAAAUAA